AUGUUUGGGAUUCUGUUUGGGUGGAGAAAAGCUUCAAAAUGUAAGAAGCUGAUCGAACAAGCUCUGUGCCGGCUUAAGAUGCUCAAGAAGAAGAGAUAUUCAAUUGCUAGACAAUUACGUGAAGAUUUGUUUGAGCUGAUUAGCAAUGGCUAUCAACAGAUCGCCUUCAACAGGGUGGAGCAGCUUGUUAGAGAUGAAAGCUUGAUGGAGGCAUAUGAUUUGAUUGAGAACUUCUGUGAAUUCAUCCUGGUGAAGUUCUCCCAUGUCAGGAAGAACAAGACAUGUCCAGAUGAUCUUAUGGAAGCAAUUUCAAGUCUCAUAUUUGCCUCUGCAAGAUGUGGGGAUUUUCCUGAGCUUAAACCGGUUCGAAAGUUCUUCGAGGAGCGUUACGGACAGCGUUUCGCCAUGGCUGCUGUGGAAUUGCAUCCUGAAAACCUUGUGAAUCCACAGGUAUUAGAAUCCUGUUCAUAG